UUUAUACAGCGUUAUAGAAACACAUGGGUUGAACAUUAUGGAUAUAUUAGUUUCUUUGUUCUUAAUGCUAGUUUUGUUGUGGAAACUUUCAGUAUGCAACAGGGAUGGUCAUUUUAGUUCUGUUUCGAACCAUUCCUUAUUUUCCAACUGCAAUAAAACGGAAGCUGUUAUAACGGGACACCACCUCAGCUUCAGUCCCAACCCCGUAGUCCUUCAUCCAGACCCGCAUAAUGUAACAGUGGGCCCCACCCUGUCUGUAAAUGGCGGCUUCACCAUUACAAGAAAUGUGGCUGAAUUCCAGAAGAGAGUGGAGGGCAAAUAUCAGAUGCCACUUAUAAAAAAGAAUUUCAAACCCCAGCCUUUCAGACUGCAAGGUGAUUUCAAGGUCGACAUCAAUAUCAAGGAAAAUGCAUUGAACAUAGGGUGUUUCAGUUUCGAGUUCUCAUUUAAGACAGGGGAGCAGUUACCUAAUGCAUUUGGACUUAAUUAAUAUGUUUG